AUGGCUUUACCCUUCAGUACGCCCCCUACGGAGGCCUCGCUCACCCCAUUCAAGGUCUCCAUUCCCAAGGCCAAGAUUUCAGAGCUUCAGACUCUUCUCCAAGUUGCCAAAUUCGCUCCCCACACCUACGAGAAUUCCCAGGUCGACCGUCGUUAUGGCGUUGGGACGGAUUGGCUGGUGACAAUGCGAGAUCUGUGGCUGCGGUCUUAUAGCUGGCAAGCCACUGAGGAUCGAAUCAACUCCUUUCCUCAAUUUGUGACGGAGGUGGAGGGGAUCGGAAUCCAUUUUGUGAGUCUCUUCUCUCAGAAGAAAAAUGCUAUUCCGCUGCUCUUGUUGCAUGGCUGGCCCGGAAGUUUCUUGGAAUUCUUGCCUAUACUGCAAAGAUUCAGAGAUGAAUAUACCCCAGAGACUUUGCCUUAUCAUUUGAUCGUACCAUCUCUACCAGGGUAUACUUUCUCGUCGGGCCCUCCGCUCGAUAGGGACUUUGGUACAGCUGACAUUGCUCGCGUCCUGGACCAAUUGAUGAAAGACCUCGGGUUUGCAAGUGGCUAUAUUGCUCAAGGAGGCGAUAUUGGAAGCCGGAUAGCUCGACAUCUGGCCGUCGACCAUGACAGCUGUAAAGUCAACGUCGUUUUCAUGAGAAAGCCAGAAGGCGCAAUGGACGAAACCCUGAAUGCCUUUGAGGUCCAAGGUAUUGAAAGGAUGCACCAAUUCGUCGCCACAGGCUCCGGUUAUGCGGUUGAGCAUGGCACUCGGCCAAGUACGAUUGGCCAUGUCAUAGCAUCCAGUCCUAUUGCGCUCCUAGCUUGGGUUGGCGAGAAGUUCUGCGAAUGGGUUGAUGAUCCCCUGCCUCCUAAUGAUAUCUUGGAAUCAAUCACUCUGUAUUGGCUUACAGAUACAUUCCCACGAGCGAUCUAUACAUACCGACAGAACUACCCUGCUCCGCCUAUACCGGCCGCUAACGACCCGCGCUGGUAUAUCAAAAAACCAAUUGGGUUCUCUUCUUUCCCCAUGGAGCUUGCUCGACUGCCACGCUCCUGGAUUGAAACAACUGGCAAUUUGGUAUUUUGGCAGCAGCAUCAAAAGGGUGGCCAUUUCGCUGCUCUAGAGCGACCCGACGAGUUGAAAUCGGAUCUUGUCAAGUUUGUCGAUCAGGUCUGGCCUGCCUUGUCUACAAAUUAG